UCACGGUCGAGAGGUAGGAGACGACAAGAACGAGAGGAGCAGCAACGCAAGGAAGGAAGGGAAGGAGCGGCGAGCGAGCAGUCGCAGAUGGCUCGGGCGGGCGGGCAUGGGAUGGGGAACCCGGUGAACGUGGGGAUCGCGGUGCAGGCGGACUGGGAGAACCGCGAGUUCAUCUCCAACAUCUCCCUCAACGUCCGCCGCCUCUUCGACUUCCUCCUCCGAUUCGAAGCUACAACAAAGAGCAAACUAGCGACGUUGAAUGAGAAGCUGGACAUCCUAGAGCGGAAGCUGGAGGUGCUUGAGGUCCAAGUGAGCAGCGCAACAACCAAUCCUUCUGUUUUCAACUAGAAAAUGUUCUUAAGGAAUGCUUGCCUGCACAUAAGUAGUGCUUUCUGUGUGUUUACGGGUUGAAAAUUACAUAGCUUUCCAUGUGUGUAUUAUGGGUCCAAGAAGAGGAGAUUGUGCGUGUGUUUGUUGUGUAUGUGUAUGUGUAUGCAGUGGCGUGCAAGGCAACUUCUUUUCUACCUAUUCCGUGUACAACUAACUGAUUGUUGACUGCAAAUCUGUAGUGUUGCCUGCUUGCUUGUUGGAAUGUGAAAAUAUUUCCUUGUAAAA